AUUUCCGGCCAGCUCAGCGCGUCCGGAGUUGUUGUCAUCGCGUCUGUGUCAGCAGCGGCUAAGUUUGCCAGCUAGUUAUCUGGAAAGUACAGAAGAUGGUGCAGCUUACUAUGAUCGCUCGCUUGGCAGAUGGGCUGCCCCUCGCCGCGUCGAUGCAAGAAGACGAACAGGGAAGUGAAAAGAUGGGGCGAGACUUGCAGCAGUAUCAGAGCCAGGCCAAGCAGCUCUUUCGGAAGCUUAACGAGCAGAGUCCCACGCGCUGCACCUUGGAGGCAGGCUGCAUGGCCUUCCAUUACCUCAUAGAGAAAGGGGUGUGUUACCUGGUGCUGUGUGAAGCAGCUUUUCCCAAAAAACUUGCCUUCGCCUACUUAGAAGACCUACAAGCGGAGUUCCAUGAGCAGCAUGGGAAGAAGGUGCCCACAGUGUCUAGACCGUACUCCUUCAUCGAGUUUGACACCUACAUUCAGAAAACGAAGAAGUCUUACAUCGACAGCAGGGCACGCAGAAACCUGGGCAGCAUCAACACGGAGCUGCAGGAUGUUCAGAGGAUCAUGGUGGCCAACAUCGAGGAGGUGCUGCAGCGCGGAGAGGCUUUAUCUGCACUGGACUCCAAAGCCAGCAACCUGUCCUCUCUGUCCAAGAAGUACCGCAGCGAUGCCAAGUACCUGAACACACGCUCCACCUACGCCAAGCUGGCUGCUGGCGGUGUCUUCUUCAUCAUGCUUAUCGUCUACAUACGUUUCUGGUGGCUGUGAGGAAGAGGAGGCAGCAGCGAGAGGAAGAGAGGAGGUGCCAAACCCCGGGCAAAGCGCGGCGGCCGUCCUGGAGGUGUAGGCUGCAGUGCUGUCACUCUGCACAGAGGCCCCCCUCUCCACCUCCCCUCUCCGCCGACCCUCGAAGACUGUUCAGUCCGGCUCUUUGUCUCCUCUUCGGUCCGUAGAGUUAUAACUACGAGCUUGAUUUGAUGCGUUUAUGUUCUGUUUCGUUAACAAGCGCAGAAGGCGGUUUGCAUUUGCUCAGAGCGAGCGAGUGUGCAGACAUGCUCACGUCACACAGAGAGCUUGCACGUGCGCACAUAUUUUCCGGUGAGUCUGCCCAGUCGUUGAGAUCCAACCCCUGCUCACAUUAAAGCGCCCCCAAGUGGACAAUUUAAUCCUUUUAGAGGCUUGAGGAGCUGAAAAAUGAAGUCACUGGGUCCUCUAGUAAAUCAGGUUUCUGACAACUUGCUCAGUUUCUGGGGCUCUGAAUGCAGGUUUCUCUCAUAAUGUACAUUAGAGCAUCCACACAUUAGGCAGUUAAAUGAACAGACUUAACCGCAGACAAGAACCCUUUGGCUUUCUGGUGUCUUCUGUGACAAUAAAGCAAUCCAAAUCUAC